GUAGCCGGUAGGACAAGAGGGUUUGUUUAGUGUUUAUGGUGUUUUUAGUUGGAUUACCACUUUCAGCAAACACACACAAGUGGCCAAGCGACGCCGAAGUCAUAUCAAGGGAUUACAAUUGUUUGUAGAGCUCUUGGUUGUGCUCGCAGAAGGCUGCACGCGCGUCAUCUUCCUCUGAGCACAGAGCAAAGUGCUGGGAAAUCCGCUCCACCUGGACUCGCGACCUGAGUGAGGAGCUUCUGAGUGAACUGCACCUGACAGGAGCAGCAGGAGAGACGAUCUCGGGAGACCACAUUCGACACUCGAGCAGCAGCUGAAGGGGAGGAAACUGUGAAAAUCCCUGCGAAAAUGCCUCUUGCACAGAUCGCGGAGCCAUGGCCCACAAUGGAACUAGUGCAGCUUGAGACGGAGAAUGGGCAGAGCACUGCUGAGGAUGGAGUCACGCCUGCUGUCAAGGAAGAUGGAGACAUCAAGGAGAUCAACAUUACCCAUGUGGUCAAAGAGGGCUCAGAGAAGGCUGAUGCCUCUCAGUUUGAGCUGCUCAAAGUUUUGGGACAGGGAUCCUUUGGCAAGGUGUUCCUGGUACGAAAGGUGACCCCUCCAGAUGCCAACCAACUCUACGCCAUGAAGGUCCUCAAGAAGGCCACACUCAAAGUGAGAGACCGUGUGAGGACCAAGAUGGAGAGAGACAUCCUGGCAGAUGUCAACCACCCAUUUGUUGUCAAACUGCACUAUGCUUUCCAAACUGAAGGGAAGUUGUACUUGAUCCUGGACUUCCUCAGAGGAGGAGAUCUCUUCACCAGACUCUCUAAAGAGGUGAUGUUCACAGAGGAGGAUGUGAAGUUUUAUCUGGCAGAGCUGGCAUUAGGACUGGACCACCUCCACAGCCUGGGCAUCAUUUAUAGAGACCUUAAACCUGAAAACAUUCUCCUGGAUGAGGAGGGCCACAUCAAACUCACAGAUUUUGGUUUGUGUAAAGAAGCCAUUGAUCAUGAGAAGAAAGCUUAUUCCUUCUGUGGAACCGUGGAGUACAUGGCACCAGAGGUCGUCAACAGGCAGGGACACAUCCACAGCGCUGACUGGUGGUCAUUUGGAGUACUAAUGUUUGAGAUGUUGACAGGAGCGCUGCCAUUUCAAGGGAAGGACCGCAAAGAAACUAUGAACCUCAUUCUGAAGGCACGUCUGGGAAUGCCUCAGUUCCUGAGUGCAGAGGCCCAGUCUCUGCUUCGGGCUUUGUUCAAGAGAAACCCUGCCAACAGACUGGGAUCUGGCGCCGACGGUGCAGAGGAGAUCAAACGACACGGUUUCUUCUCCACCAUAGACUGGAAUAAACUCUUCAGGAGAGAAGUCAAGCCUCCAUUCAGACCAGCAGUGGCGCGUCCGGACGAUACUUUCUACUUUGACUCUGAGUUCACCUCCCGCACCCCUAAAGAUUCUCCUGGCGUGCCGCCGAGUGCCGGAGCUCACCAGCUCUUCAGAGGCUUCAGUUUCAUCGCGUCGACUCUGUUGGAAGAGGAAGGCUCAGUGGAGCCAGUGCAGCCUCCACCACAUCCAGUGGUCCAGCAGUUACACGGGAAGAACCUGCUGUUCAGCGACGGCUACGUAUUGAAGGAAGAUAUCGGCAUGGGCUCCUUCUCUGUCUGUAAACGAUGUAUCCACAAGGCCACCAACACAGAAUAUGCUGUCAAGAUGAUUGACAAGACCAGUACAGACCCCUCUGAGGAGAUAGAGAUUCUACUUAGAUAUGGGCAGCACCCCAACAUCAUAACACUGAAGGAUGUGUACGAUAACGGUAAGCAGGUGUUCCUGGUGACCGAGCUGAUGCGCGGCGGCGAGCUGCUGGAUCGGAUCCUCAAACAGAAGUUCUUCUCGGAGAGAGAGGCCAGCGCUGUGCUUCACACCAUCACCAGGACUGUAGAGUACCUGCACUCACAGGGGGUGGUGCACAGAGACCUGAAGCCCAGCAACAUCCUCUAUGUUGACGAGUCAGGAAAUCCAGAGUCAAUCAGGAUCUGUGACUUCGGCUUUGCUAAGCAGCUGCGUGCCAACAACGGCCUGCUGAUGACCCCGUGCUACACUGCUAACUUUGUGGCACCUGAGGUGUUGAAGCGUCAGGGUUAUGAUGAAGGAUGUGACAUCUGGAGUCUGGGAGUCUUACUGUACACCAUGCUGGCCGGUUUUACUCCAUUUGCCAACGGACCCGAGGACACCCCCAAUGAGAUCCUGAACAGGAUAGGCAACGGUCACUUCAGCCUGACCGGUGGCGACUGGGACACUGUGUCUGAUGCGGCCAAGGACCUUGUGUCCAAGAUGCUUCAUGUGGAUCCUCAUCAGAGGCUGACUGCUAGGCAGGUCCUCAAGCACCCCUGGAUUGUUCAGAGAGACAAACUACCCAACAGUCAGCUCCCUCACCAGGACCCCAAGCUGGUCAAGGGUGCGAUGGCGGCCACCUACUCUGCCCUGAAGAACUCCCAACCAACUCCGGAGCUCAAACCCAUCGAGAGCUCUUUCCUAGCCCAGAGGCGUGUCAAGAAGCUUCCCUCCACCUCCCUGUAGAGACUCAAAACAACCAGUCAUCUCACUGGAGACCGACCAAAACCGCACCUCCUGGCUCCAAACCACCCGGUCAUCUUGCUCGGGGACUCACUGUCCACUCGUCACUACCAGCCAAGGAACACUGACUGUGGUCCUGCCCCCCCCCAUUCUUGUGACCUCAGUUGUCCUGCUCUUGCUAUCAUCCUUGUUUGGGCUCGUCAAGCUGCUGUUAGCCUGUUAGUCUCCUUGGACUAGGAAAAGAUCGUGAAGAUGGAUGGGAGCGAUGAGGGCAAAAAAAAAAAAAGGAAAGAAAAAUAUGGGUGCAGGUUUUCUUUGAUGUAUUAGUGCCGUGUGGCUGUACGUGUGAUUGAGUGUGUGUGUGUGAGAGAGUGUGUUUGUGCAUGACCUGCCACAGAGUGGAUGCAGCCACGUUUUCGAUUGUGACAAAGAAAGUUUUCUCUCCUCAUCGUUGCUGUAACCGGUUGUCAUUCAGCUUGCUGCACGCCUGUCUGUCUGCCUGUUUCGUUGUCCGUCUCCCUGUUAUUUUUGUAAAGUUGAUGAGCUUUAUAUUACCGGUUGUGCUGCCAAAUCAACCUGUGCCGACAGCACAAAACCACAGUACUGUCCAACUGCUGUUAAAUGUUUUUGAAAGAGCAUUAUUAAUAUGAAUAUGAAACAUUUCUGCCAUAAAUGCCUCUUUGGCUUUGGUACAGCCAGAAUAUGGGGAUUCUGGAAAAUGUCAAAUGCUGAUGUUUUGGUCAAUGUCAAUCUAUGCUUGUAUUUUGUUUUACAGAGAGCGAGUGUGUGUGUGUGUGUGUGCGCGUGUGUGUGUGUGUGUGUGUGUGGAGGGGGGGUGUCAGUUGCAUGACUUGCAGUGUGGGUGUGUGUGUGAGUUUAUGUUCUGUCUCGCUGGAUGCUGCAGGGUCAUGUGCAUGGUCCGGUGACGUGAUGAUGUCAUGUGGCUUCCUCGUUUCUCUCCUCUCCCUCUUUCUCUGCUUGGUCCAUCUGCUGGCAACCAUUUGAGAUGUCUGUUAUUUUUAUUACUACAAAAACUAGUAAAAUAGGUGGCUUUCUGUGAAAGAAAACUUGCCCAAGGAACAAUGUGGCAUGUUAAAAUUCUAUAUCUGCUUUGUUUUCCUGUUUUUUCCAGUUUCUUUUUUUUUUUUUUUUUUCCACUGUGUUUCUUGGAUAAUGCAUAUCGGAUGCUGUUUCCUGUGUUGGCUGCUUUUGUUGUUGAUUUGUUUUUUUUCUUUUUGUCCAAAGAAAGUGGUAAUUUAAAAUAGUGAAAGACAUGCUGAGCACAUCACAGUCUGUGGACGUAACGCCAUACAGGUCUCUUCUUCUGUUUUCAAAGUGUAAGGAGGAAAGGCUGGCUGUUGUCUUUAUGGAAUCGAGCUCUCAGAGGCAGCCUCUCUCUCCCCCUUAAAUUCUCUGUCAAGUCACUGGUUGUUAAUAUCACACAGACCUACUCUCGGUGUGGAGUAUCUUCACCAGUAUUGUGUUGAACUUUUUUUUUUUUUCCAUUCAUGAUCUUUGAAUUUCCAUUCAUGCUGUUAAUUGGCUGACUUGUUUUCAUUUUUAUGAACACUGAAUUCGAGACACCCUGAAGAAUAGUAAAAGUGUGCGUCAUUGUAAGUAGCUUCAUAGGGUAGGUCCUGCUUUCAGCUCAGUGCCUAGGCCUACAGGUGAGGCAGAAUGUCUUACAUGGAAAACGUGUGAAAACAAACCAAGCAGCCAGAAGAUACUCCGCACGUGUAGAAGAGAAGACCUGUGUGGCUAGAUAAUCUAUGAACCAGCUGUCUUACCUCAAAAGGGAUCAAAGUUAUAUUAUAAUUCUUGUUUGGUGGCAAAACUCUCCCUCCUUUGACUAAAUUUAUGGUAAGAUGUUAUUGUAUGAUAAAGAUGAAGAUUUUUAUAUCUUACAAAUAUUAAAAAAUUCAGUUGCUACGACAAACUGUCUCUCUCGUUCUGUUUUAGUUGUGUCUUAAAUGAGGACUCCAGUGAUUAUUAAUAUUACACUUCCAUAGAGUUAGGGGACUCACAAUUGACAGAUUUGAUCCAAAAGUGCUGGAUCCUACAUUUCCCAUAAUCCAAACAAUAGCAUCAAGAGCACCAAGAACACCUCCAUCCUUCAAACUCCACAACCUAAACAUAUCACAAAGGCUUUCUGUUAACAAUUUCUCUAAAGCCACAGAGGACAUUUU